AUGGUAUUUGGUUUAGGAUCUCAUGAUCAUAAGGAUGAUGAUAAGAAAGAUAGUAACCAUCAACACUCAAGUAUGAGAGAUGAAGACCAUCACUCUCACAAAGGAAUGUCUAACAGAGAAAAUAGAGAUUCUGGCUUUGGAUCUUCUGGAAGAGAUAAGUAUGGAUCUUCCAACAUGGGAUCUGACUAUGGAUCUUCUAAUAGAGACGAUUACGGUUCAUCUAACAGAGACAAUUAUGGGUCAUCCAAUAGGGACAAUUACGGUUCCUCCAACAGAGAUAACUAUGGAUCCUCUAACAGAGACAAUUAUGGAUCCCAAUCAAUGGGAGGUAACACCAGGUCUCGUAAGGAUGAUGACUUUGACGUCAGCAUGGGAUCAGGAAUGAGAUCUAACAGCGAUGAAUAUGAAAGAGGUAGUUCUGGAAAUUACAAUAAUGAUCGUUAUUAG